AUGGGCGACUCACAUCACGAGGGCGAAGACGCCAAGAACUUCCAUGUUGGCCAAUCCCACGAGACGCUCCAUCGUGUGUACAACACAUGGACAGCCAGUGCCUACCAGGUUCUGAUGAUGGCAAGCUGGACUUGUAAUGUUGUACUAUAUUCGACCGUGUUCGACGUUGGCGGUCCCAUGAUGCUGAUAUACUCAACAAUCAUCGUUACGGCCGGACAGUGCUUAAUAAUGAGUUCGCUGGCUGAGCUAUGUUCCGUGUGGCCAUAUGCAGGUGGUCAGCAAGCAUUCACGAAAUAUCUUGCCCCUCAGAGAAUUCGACGGUUCCUAUCAUAUCUUGUUGGCUGGGUCGUUCUCCUGGGAGAAAUUGCCACUGUUUGCGGAUGUUCCAUGAACAGCGCACAAAUCAUUGCGUCUGUUGUUUCUAUCCACCACCCCACCUUCGUGGCCGAGACCUGGAGUACCUAUCUCAUCUUCGUGACCAUGACGCUCCUGUCACUCCUCUUCUGUUUCUCCCAGAAGCAUCUCCCCGCCAUUGCCGUUCUCGGCGGUAUCAUCACUCUUGGUGGCGGUCUUGCAUGGGCCAUCUCAUUCCUCGCCCUCGCACCCAAGCACACGACCAGCUUCGUCUUUACCCAUUUUAUCAACAACUCCGGAUAUACCAGCAGCGCAUGGGUGGGCAUCAUGAGCUUCUACACGCCAAUUUACGCGCUGUACGGAACGGAUGGCGUCCUACAUAUUGCCGAGGAGAUGCGAGAUGCCCCAAAGAGCGCACCGCGAGCCAUGGUAUACUCCAUGGUCUUCAGUGGCAUCACUUCUGUCAUGGGCGCCCUUGUCAUGGCUUUUUGUGCUGGAGAUUGGGAGACAUAUAUGGAGUCAGACUUUCCAUUUGUAGACUGGUUCGUUGAUAUCCUUGACAGCUCUGCAGGUGGCAGCGCGCUGGUGAUCGUGGUUAUCGUUUUGCUCAACUUCCUUAUCGCCGUUGGCAUUAACACUGCUGGGUCGCGGCUAGCAUGGAGUAUGGCACAUGAUCAUGCUUUGCCCUUUUCCAGUACUUUUCAAAAAGUCAACCAAACAGUCCAGACACCGCUCAACACACUUCUUCUUCUCGUUGUUACAGAGUUGGUUAAUGGCCUUGUCCUUUUCGGAAGCGAUUAUGCUUUCCAGAUUGUCGUCAGUCUAGGUGGAGUUGCAAUUCAGUUUGGAUACCUGAUCCCAAUCUUGAUGCUUCUUGUUCGGGGCCGCAGUGUGCUCCCUGCUGACCGAAAAUUUAAAAUCCCGUUCGGCCUUGCCGUUAGUAUUGCGGCUGUCUGUUGGUCAUCACUCGUUAUCAUCAUCUUAUUCUUCCCUCUUUACGUGCCCAUAACUGCCAAUAACCUUCGUAAGUCCAAUAAUUCCCUGAAGUUCAGGGAUGAUACUAAUCAUAUAUUGUAG